CAACUAGCGUACACACCCCCCCGGCCCCAGAGUGUGUCAGUCGCUGAUGCUGAUCAACCGGUUUCAAGGCUACUGAUCAAGAAACUGAAUGUAGAGGAGCACAGUUGUGUAAAAUGAGUGAAAGAGGCAGCCUCAACAUGAAGAACCUAACUCGGGCCAUACAGGAGUUGGUUCAGUGGCAUCUGUGGGAGUGGCCCUGGAAAUACCCCACCACAAGUUGGACGCCAUCAACAUUAGCCAACACAGCAUCCCGCUGUGCAAGAUAGCGCUCAUUGAUGUGUGGUUGAGAACAGACCUGGCCGCAUCGUGGGGCAAGCUGGUCCUGGCUCUGGAAGAGGCCGGGGAGACGAUAAUCGCGGGAAGGAUAAAGCAGGAGUGGCUCGGGAUACUUGCCUCUGCUCCUGUCCCUCAAUCCGCCCUCGUCCCUCCCAGAAUUGGAAGUACUCUGGGGCCACGUGGUAUGCCAGGACUGACGUCUCCGUUACAGCCAGUACAAUCAGUGGUUGGCCAGCAGUUUCAACCAGUGACUCAUCAUCAUCAACAACAUCAGCCGCACAAUUAUCAAGGGGGUGUGGCCAAUCGCUAUGGAGUUUUAGGGAACCACCACGGAAACGGAUUCAUUGCUACGGAUGGUCCGGUUCAGAGGCCAGCUAUGCAGCCCCCUGCUCCAGUGCCAUCUUCGGCCCAGCCGCCAGUGUCCAACGUGACGGAGGCUCUCCAGCUACUGAACACGAGUCAAGAUAGGCUCAUCUCUGGCCUGACUCGCAGCCAACUGAACGUCAAUUUCGCCGGCGGGGCCGCCCCUGGAAUGACACUUCUUCAUUACGCUGCCAUGCAAGGAGCCAACACUGAGUGUCUGAAAGCUCUCAUAGCCUUUGGAGCCGACGUCAACCCCCUCAACGGGCACGGUCUGACUCCUCUUGAUCUGGCCAUCAUGUCACACCCUGCUGGAGGUGAGAUGGUGAAUUUACUGGAGGCAGUUGGGGCAGUAAAGGGAACAGACCUCACUCACGGGUGCCAGCCUGUGGGGGAAGCACACUCCAUCGAACGAAACGGCACCCACAUCCUGAGUGUGCCCAGCAGUGGUCCGUACUGCAUCGUACAGCUGCAGGUCCUCCAGCAAAUCGAGGCCCAGUGUCGCCACAAGAUCACCACCCUGUUCCAGUGGAUCGUGGCCUGCGGAUUUGGGGCUCUCUUCCUCCUCCUUGUCAUCUAUGGCAACAAGGCGGUGUCAGAGGUGAAGAGACUGUACUUCAAGCUGCGGGAGGAGGUGUUCAGCGAGCCAGACAUGGCCCGGAGGUCCCAGGCUCUCGAUGGCUUCCUCCAGGCCCACCUCGGGACCCAGAUGAAGAUGAGCGACUUACAGCAACCGAGGAUAUUGAUCGGUGCUCUGUAUAAGGGGUCAACCAAGGUGGAGAUACGUCUCUUUAACAACUGCCUCAAUGACGAAUACUCCGACUUUCCAGUGUGGAAAGUGGCUCGCUACACUUGCUCCCUGCCACUCAACGUCAUGGAGUGCGAUAACUACGUCAGCACCAACCCGGCGCUACCCAAUCUCUCCAGCCUUGCCCUCCGGAGAAUUCGACAGUUCUACUCAGACGCAGGAGAAGACCCAGAUGUGGUGCGGAGUCUGGUGUGCGUGGAAGCGGGGCAGUGCGAUGCCAGCGAGCUGGGCUGCAUCGACGUUCCAGCUUCUGCCCUCUCUGAAGCUGUCUCCUCCCCCUCCCCCUCCCCCUCGUCUCUCUGGUUCACCUCUCAUGGAGCCCUCCAGAGACUGGCCCAUCUGCUCACCCUCCACCACUCCUCUGCUUCAGCUGCAAGUGAAGAAAGCCUCAGAUGUUGCCAGGAGCUCUGUGAGGCCUACGACAUCCGUUUCCACCACUUUAACCCUCUCCUGCCUCCCUUUGCCACUCUCUCGAUUGACGUACCUCUCAAGGAUCUGGUGGAGAGUGUCAUGCACACGAUAGCUCAAGUUGUGGGGAAGCCCCUUCAUCAACUAGUAACUGACAUCAUAAAAUGAACGUUGCUUAGAAGUCCAAUUGUCACCAAGUUUUUUUUUCAUAGUAAUGUACAUCAGCAAUUCCAUGUUUCAUUUCUAGGUUUGUUUUCUGUUUUUGUUUCUUAGCCCAAAACCAAUGCUAACAACAUGUUCUCUUUGAUAUGAAUUUUGUGUAUAUACAAUUACAAUUUCUCAAUGAAAUAAACAAUACAUUCAGCCGUUUUUUCAGCAAACAAUCGUUUUGAUUCUACGAGGUGUGUGAAUGUUUGUUGAGAUAAUGUCUUGAAGGAUAUUCUUUGAGAACCCCAAGCCUGAAGAUCAUCAUAAGCAUAAAGCUAGCAUUAGAGAGUGAAUAGAAUGUUUUUUUGGUGUGAACAAACAGAAGAAAUUAUGAUAUGACACUUGGUGUGUAUGUAAGUGAUGUGUGUUUAAUGUACGGUACAAAAGAUUUGGCAGAAAUAUUGCAACUAAUCUUUGUUCGCUUGCUCAUACACUUGAGUUAAAGUAACGCUGCUUUCUGAGGUUGGUAUGAUGAGUAGGAAAAUGAAGCGUUAUAGGAGGGCGGGGCGGCUUGGUAGCUUAGGAGGCCUCCCCCUGCUUCUGACUGUGUGACGAGGGGUUUCCCCUGUAUUCCCUGGUGUAACGGCUGUACCACUACCGGCGUCGUCUCAUGAACUGUUGAAUAAGGUGGUUGUAAGUUGGUGUAAGGUGUCGUGGAGACAACGGUAGAGGGGGUCGUGGUGCCGGCUCCGUACUGCGGGCAAGUGUCUCUGACAACUUUAUAGAUGAUCACGAUGAUUGCAACUGUGAAAAUGAGGACUACAAAGAUACCCACCACUGGAAAUGAAAUAGCCAUCGCCUCUGAACUCGACUGUGCGUGUACCACAUUCCCGAUGGAAAGUAGCAGAGCCACGCCUGCUGCCCCCAGAGAAAUCACCAUCAUCACGCACGGACCUUUCAGUCAGUUGACGAUUCACCCGCGCUGCUGCCGCCACGCUAAACUUUGGAUAUCCGUUCUUUUAAUUGGGACUGUAGAUAUCCCUAUCUCUGCAGGCACACAGCACACGCUGGGCUGCGACACGACACACGCGGCUCCGAA